GUGUAACAGAACUCGGAAAGCAAAAUCAGAUUCCCCAACCCCACGCCACCCCGACUCCGAUCCAUCCGUCCUCUGUUCUUGCCUGGAUUUCGCGGCCUAUAAACAGCACCACCGCACGGUGUGAUUGUGUCCCCACUCCCCAGGCUUGCAUGUAUACGAAUCGGCGCAUCCGCAUCCCUCGACGGUGCAGGUUGCAAUGGCCGCCACUCCAUCGACGGUGGCGAGGAAACCGCUGAACCACCGUGGCAGACUGAGUACUCUCAAGACAAUUGAAUGUCAGGGAAAGAGCAAGUUCUUCUUCGAGCACCAAGCCAUGAGAGAGAAGGACGAGAACAAAGUCUAUGACUCCAGUGCACAUAGCUGGCGGUUUACAGAACCAGCACCCUUGCCGACGGGUAAAUGGAAAUUUCCUAAGCCUGUACUAGAUGAAAAGGCAAAGGAAGAGAAGGCACGGCUAAGCAGGGAGGAGAAACAACUACUUCAUGAAAAACUGCAGCGGCGUCAACGGGUCGAAGCAGAAUUACAGCGGCGAAAGAAACAGUUCCCCCCUGGGAAGGCACCAUCUGAUAAGCAGCUGCGGAAGGAGGUCAUCAGAGAGGAUCGUCUGGCGAGGGCUGAAGAGAGGCAUGUCAAGAAUGUCCAGAUGGCUUUGCGUUUCAUCAAGAAGAGAUAUCCAGAAAGAAAGUACGAGCUUGGAGAGAUCACUGAGAAGUGCAUAUUCUUUGAAUAUGGAUCAGCCUACGGUCACUACAACUUUACUGCUUGUUCUCCAACCCAUGAUGACCUGUUCUGUUUUGCGGAAGUGGAUGCCAAUGUUGAGAACGAGAACGAUGUUUACCAGUGCUGCACAAUUGGGUCUGGUCCAGAUGGUUAUUGCAUGGGCUGUCAGGAUCAAAGAGUUGGGGUUAUUCAUCCAAGUAGGGACAUGUUCAUUGGUGGGCAGGAGAGCUUUGGUGGGUUCGAGACCGACAGCGAGAGUGAUCCAGACUACUGAUUUACCCAGGAUCUUCUAAGGCUUUUGGAGUCAUUCAUCAUAUUUUUGUGUUAUAUUUUAGAGAGAGAGAGAAUCUUGAUCUACCUAUUAUUCCUUCAUGUAUGCAUCUUGAUACCUAGUUUUCGUUCCCUAGAUUAUUCAUCCAUGGAUGUCAUAAACAUUGACCUUGUGUUACUAUUUGCUCUCUUACUUUCCACAUGCGGUUUUCAAAUUCUGAAA